AUGCCUCCAACCGGAGAACAAGAUCUCCUGUCAACGGAGAUAGUUAAUCGUGGAGUAGAGUCGUCUGGUCCUGAUGCCGGUUCCAUCACUUUCUCUGUCAGGGUCCGUCGUCGGUUGCCGGAUUUUGUCCAGUCUGUGAAUCUCAACGCUGAGAUUGGGAGUCUCAGUAGGGAGGAGCUAUGGCGGAAGCUCUGGGACAGCACCGCUGGGUAUGAUUUGGCUACUGUUCUUGCUUUUUUCGCUGUCUUCGUCUUCACUCUCUCGGUUUACUUCAUGUCUCGACCUAGAUCUAUCUAUCUAAUUGAUUUCGCUUGUUUCAAACCUACCGACGAUUUGAAGGUGACGAAGGAGGAAUUCAUCGAUUUAGCUAGAAGAUCUGGGAAAUUCGAUGAAGCUAGUCUCGAAUUCCAGAAGAAAAUACUUGAAUCCUCAGGGAUCGGCGAUGAAACCUACGUUCCGAGAGCGAUAAUGUCGCCGGAUAACAUCUCCACCAUGAAAGAAGGUAGGGCGGAGGCGUCGUUGGUGAUAUUCGGAGCACUGGACGAGCUCUUUAAGAAGACACGUAUCCGUCCGAAGGACGUCGGAGUACUAGUCGUAAACUGCAGCAUCUUUAAUCCAACGCCGUCGUUGUCUGCCAUGAUCAUCAAUCACUAUAAAAUGAGGGGAAACAUUUUGAGUUUCAAUUUGGGCGGGAUGGGAUGUAGUGCCGGAAUUAUCGCCGUGGAUUUGGCGCGUGAUAUGCUUCAGGCGAACCCGAACAAUGUCGCGGUGGUUGUGAGCACCGAGAUGGUGGGAUACAACUGGUAUCCUGGAAAAGAUCGGUCUAUGCUCAUCCCCAACUGUUACAUCAGAAUGGGUUGCUCCGCCCUUCUUCUUUCCAACCGCAGCCGUGACUACCGCCGUGCCAAGUAUAGACUUGAGCACAUCGUUCGUACCCAUAAAGGAGCUGAUGAUCGAUAUUUCAGGAGUGUGUAUCAAGAGGAAGACGAACAAAGGUUCAAAGGGCUAAAGAUCAGCAAAGAUCUGGUGGAGAUAGGCGGCGACGCCCUCAAAACAAACAUCACCACCUUGGGUCCGUUAGUGUUGCCGUUAUCAGAGCAACUCCUUUUCUUCGCAACUCUCGUGAAGAGAUACCUCUCCGGCACAAAACCAAAAGGUUCAACCACCGCUACAUCCGUCACUCUCGACGGAUCACAGAAGUCACCGCCUACCUCCUCCGGCACAAAGCCCUACAUCCCCGACUACAAGCUCGCAUUCGAGCACUUCUGCGUUCACGCCGCUAGCAAAACGGUGGUGAACGAGCUCCAACGUAACCUCGGGCUGAGCAACGCCAACGUGGAACCCUCACGCGCCACCCUCCACCGUUUUGGGAACACAUCAAGCAGCAGCAUCUGGUAUGAGCUAGCGUACCUUGAAGCAAAAGGAAGAGUGAAACGGGGCGACCGGGUUUGGCAACUGUCAUUCGGGUCGGGUUUUAAGUGCAACAGUGCAGUUUGGAAAGCUGUUCGUCGUAUAAAGAAGCCUACAAGCAAUAACCCAUGGCUUGAUUGCCUAGACAGGUAA